AUGGAUGAAUGCGAGAAGUAUCCACUGGCGGUGGAUGUUAUAAAUCAUCAAAUGUAUGUAGAUGACAUACUGUCUGGUGGCGACAGUAUUGCAGAAACGGAGGAUGUCAAGAACCAAGUGAUUGGAAUGCUUCGUAGUGGUACAUUCGAACUACGGAAGUGGGCGAGUAAUUGCACAAAGCUAUUAGAGAACAUACCAGUUGAGCAUCGAGAAUCAAGCGGAUUGUUACACAUGGAAGGUAAUGAUACUAUUCGCACGUUAGGUCUAUACUGGAGUCCCAAAGAAGAUGAGUUCCGUUUUGCUUUGCAUGUCGUUCCACCAAUGAGCUCACCAACAAAGAGGACAAUACUAUCAGCAAUUGCACGACUGUUUGAUCCCAUGGGAUGGCUUAGUCCGAUAAUGAUUACUGCCGAAAUUCUCAUGCAGCAACUGUGGAAGGAGAAAAUUGGCUGGGAUAGCACACUACCGGACACUAUUAAGAGAGAAUGGGAGAAAUUCGUAAAGAGUUACCAAACAUAG